AUGUCAUUAUCUGCAUUAUCUGAAAGUGUUGUUGCAUAUAAUAUCGAUUUAUAUAGUCAUUUAUGGUCUUAUGGAUCAAAAAAGGCUACAAAAAAGAAUAUUUCUAAAGAAAUGAUACCAGAUGACCAAAUCUUGAAACAGAUGUCAUUAUCUGCAUUAUCUGAAAGUGUUGUUACAUAUAAUAUUGAUUUAUAUAGUCAUUUAUGGUCUUAUGAAUCGAAAAAGGCCACAAAAAAGAAUAUUUCUAAAGCAAUGAUACCAGAUGACCAAAUCUUGAAACAGAUGUCAUUAUCUGCAUUAUCAGAAAGUGUUGUUGCAUAUAAUAUCGAUUUAUAUAGUCAUUUAUGGUCUUAUGGACCGAAAAAGCCUAGUAGAAAAUUUCAAACUCCGUGUGAAAUGACGAAAAAAAACUUUAAUACUCACAAUAUCACUAUUUUAAGUUUAUCAUGGUUACAAAAAAAGAAUAUUUUUAAAGAUAAGAUACCAGAUGACCAAAUUUUGAAACGUAAAUAG